UUUUUAAGCGCGUUUCGUAAUCUCCUAACCGCAGAUCGUGUAUGUGUAUAUAAAUACAAGAAGAUUAGUGCAAAUUUGUUGUUGUUAGUUAUAGUUUUUUGGCCGUGGUGUGCUAGCAAAUGCAUUAUUUGCCUGGCCCGCGCACUUAGGCACUACAUGUUAACGGAUUUCAGGCCGGCGUGGAACGAAUUGGGCUGGAAAGCGGUGCGUAACGGCGGUCGUCAGGAGACUUGGAUUGGCUAAGGUUUAAUGGAUGACACAUCAGCACCAUGGGAAAGCUACUGUCAAAAAUUUUCGGCAACAAAGAAAUGCGAAUUCUCAUGCUCGGACUGGACGCGGCUGGAAAAACAACGAUCCUGUACAAACUGAAACUCGGGCAAUCAGUUACAACGAUACCCACUGUGGGCUUUAACGUAGAAACCGUCACUUACAAGAAUGUCAAGUUCAAUGUGUGGGACGUGGGCGGACAGGAUAAGAUUCGACCGCUCUGGCGACACUAUUACACGGGUACGCAGGGUCUGAUCUUCGUCGUGGACUGUGCGGAUCGGGAUCGGAUAGACGAGGCGCGCACGGAGCUGCAUAGGAUAAUUAACGAUAGAGAGAUGCGCGACGCCAUCAUACUGAUAUUUGCUAACAAACAGGAUCUGCCUGAUGCAAUGAAACCCCAUGAAAUCCAGGAAAAACUAGGUUUAACUAGAAUAAGAGAUCGCAAUUGGUAUGUACAACCAUCAUGUGCCACAUCCGGCGAUGGCCUGUCCGAGGGCCUCAUUUGGUUAACGUCGAACCAUAAGUUAUGAGAAUCGUAAUCGAGCAUUUUCUUAUAUGUAUGUAUAUGGCAUGUAUUAUUCGAAGCGAAGCAAAAGCAAAAUAUUCUAUUUUAUUUAUACAAAGAAAACAAACGAACCGCAAGCGCAUAGUAAAAGCCCAACUCGUAAUUACGAACGUACAUAAAUUACAAAUGUUGAAUAUGGUAUAUAGAAGUCAGAUAUAUAUAGUGAUUAUAUAUACUCUCAAUUAACCAACCAAUAUUCUCACUAGUAAAAAUACACAUAACUACAAAUAAACGAAGCAUCAACAAUUUAAGCAGCCGGAGCCGGUAAAUAUCCGUAAAGUAAAUUAAAUAAAUGCGUGAAGCACAGAGACAUAAAGCUAAACAUCAACGGAGAUUAGCCUUAAGUAAGUUUUUCUUGUAAAUUAUAUUGAUGAGACACGUAAGCAAUAAGUUGAAAGCUUGUUUAUUGCAACUGUUACUAUAUUUGACUUGAACGAGGGUAACGAGUCUUAAAUAAAUUGUAAAUAAAUAUUCAAAUUAAAGCCCAUAUACAACAACAAACAAAAUAAAAGAAAACACCGAACAAACAAUUGAACAAACCUAUAGAUUGCUAUUUAGAUUAAAACUGAGUCUUCAAAAUAUAACGAAAUAGUAACUGUGCCUUCCUCAA